AUGUUUAAAAAUUUUAGAAAACUUUAAUUCUAAGUCUUGAACUACAAUAAAAUUGUCACAAUAUCUGAGCCCAAAACAUAUAUAGAUAAAAUAAAAGUUGGAAGCCAAUUAUUUAUAGGAACUUUAAAAUAUGUAAGUUUAAUAAUAUAUUGAAAAGGGUAUUAAGUCUUGUUAUACAGACUAUAAACUAAUUAAAUCUUUUGGAGAUUAAUUUACUGCUUAUUAGUUAUACUUAAAAUUCCAUGUUGAUAGAGAAUUAUUAAAAGUUUUUCCUUUCCUAUUUUUAUUUAUAUUACCAGGGGCAGUUGCUUAUUUACCAGUUUAUGCAUCAUUGUUUCCGAAUGCGAUACCUACAUAGUUUUUGUUCGAAGAUUAAUAUUAAUAACGACAAACAAAUAAAUUAAAACAAUAAAAAAUAGCCUCAAAGAUAUUAUUUUAACAGUAAAAAAUCAUAACAACAUUUGCUAAUCCUAAUCAAUUAAAAGAACUCUUUAUUCUAAAAAAAGGUUUAUAUGAAUCAUAAUUUAAUACUAAAAAUUUGAAUUCAGAUUAGUUAUAUCUUAUAUGUUAGCAUUUCUAAAUGGAAUACAUUUCAUUGUUAAAUGUACCUAAUAAAAUUUACCACUUUAUUUUUAACAUUCAUAAUUAUUGUUAUAAUUUUUACCACUAUGUAAUCAACUCAAAUAAAAGAAAAUUGUAUUAAGAUCCUUAUAAAAUAAUAAAUAUUGGAAGACCCUUUUUUAUUGAGUUUUUAAGAUAGAAAUUAUUGAUCUACCAACUAGAAUAAUAUUUUUAAUAUGUAAUAGAUUUUUCUAAUCAAAGAUAAAUGCUUAGGACUUAAUGUUUGAUUUUUAGGAUAGAAAUUACAAAAAGUAUGCAAUAGAAAGAGGUUUGAGCACAGAAAAAAUAUCAUUAGAAAGCUAUAAUAGUGAUUGGGUUAGAUUUACAUAACAAAGUUAAUAAACAAUAACUUAAAAGAUAUGGUUUUCAAUAUUGUACUCUUAAUUAGAAUGA